CAAAUCUCAUUAGGUUCGACACGCAGACUUGACGCCGAACCACUAUUCUUUCUUUCGACUCUCAGCAGCUUAGCUCUUCUUUGAUCAUCAUCUUUAUUUAUUUGUUCAAUCUUCCACAGUCGCUGCGAGGUUCUUGAAGCGGAGGCCUUCAAUCUUGAAGUGGUCAGGUUUUUCGCUUUUUCUGGAAUUGACAAAAUGAACUUGAAAAACGUCAAAGUCCCCAAGGUUCCAGGCGGUGCAUCUUCUGCAUUGCUGAAGUUGGGAAUUAUUGGUGGUAUCGGUUUGUAUGCGGCUGCUAACAGUCUUUACAAUGUCGAGGGAGGGCAUCGAGCCAUCAUGUUCAACCGCUUAGUUGGUAUCAAAGAUAAGGUAUAUCCAGAAGGAACACACCUUAUGAUUCCAUGGUUUGAGAGGCCAGUCAUUUAUGAUGUGCGAGCACGACCUCAUUUGGUGGAAAGUACUUCAGGGAGCCGCGAUCUCCAGAUGGUUAAAAUUGGACUUCGAGUUCUUACUCGCCCUGUUGCGGAUCAGUUACCAACAGUUUAUCGAACACUCGGAGAAAAUUUUAAUGAGAGAGUCCUUCCUUCAAUCAUUCAUGAAACGUUGAAAGCUGUUGUUGCACAGUACAAUGCUAGCCAGCUAAUUACUCAGAGAGAGAAUGUUAGUAGAGAAAUACGGAAGGUUUUGACUGAAAGGGCAGCCUAUUUCAACAUUGCACUGGAUGAUGUGUCUAUUACCAGCCUAACCUUUGGGAGGGAGUUCACUGCAGCAAUUGAAGCCAAACAGAUAGCUGCACAAGAAGCUGAAAGGGCUAAAUUUGUUGUUGAAAAAGCUGAGCAAGACAAAAAAAGUGCUAUUAUCAGGGCAGAAGGUGAGGCCACAAGUGCCAAGCUGAUCGGUCAAGCUAUUGCCCAAAAUCCAGCUUUUACGGCGCUAAGGAAGAUUGAGGCUGCGAGAGAGAUUGCACAGACCAUCUCAAACUCAUCUAACAAAGUUUACUUGAAUUCCGAUGAUCUGUUGUUGAAUCUCCAGGACAUGAAUUUGGAGGUCAGUGGGAAGAAAUAGAGAUACCUGAUUGAACCUAUAAUAUUUUGAUUUUCAGGUUCUUCAUGGUAAAUUUCAGCUAAAUUUGGAGCAGUGUACAUUUCAUUUUGACCUCUAAUGGACCAUUGUGAAACAAGGGGAUUUAGUUUUCAUGGCACUGUACUCUAGGUGGAGAAGCAUUUAAAUCCUGGAACCUCAUCAAAUUGUUCUAUUAGGAUGUAGUUUUUGUUGUGGUUAUGUUGCAGAAAUUUUGAAUAUGACAUCAUAUAUCUCUUCAUAGAUUGCUACAGUUCAAUCUGAGUUUCAGGUUGGGGCUCUGAAUUUUAAUGUUUAAUUUAAUAAAAAUGGAGCUAAUUGAUAGUUUCGUUAAA